AUGGAUAAUUGGGUGUCCGUAACAAUCGACCUCAAACCAGAAUUUGAGAAGUGUCUAGAGACCCAUCCCAUCAAAGCCAAGCUCUAUCCCCAGCCUGGCAAUGAGAAGGCAGCUAUGGAGGUGUUCAUCAAGGAGCAUCGAGAUCGUGGAACCAUUUGCCUCUCGAAAUCACCCAUGGCAAGUCCAUUCUCCUUCAUAAAAAUGAAAGACGGUACCUUGUGCCCUGUCCGGGACUAUCGCAUCCUCAACUCGGGCACCAUCAAGAACACAUAUCCGCUCCCACUUAUUGGUGACAUUAUUGACCGCCUCACUGGUGCCAAGGUCUUCCCCAAGAUGGACGUCUGGUGGGGCUACAACAACAUUCGGAUGAAGGAGGGCAAUGAGUGGAAGGCAGUGUUCAAGACAAGUUUGGGAUUGUUUGAACCUUUCGUGAUGCUCUUUGGCUUAAUCAACUUGCCCGCCAUGUUCCAGACUAUGAUGAAUGAGGUCUUUAGGGACAUGAUCGACAAAGGCGUCAUCAGCAUCUACAUGGACGACAUUCUUGUGCACACAAAGGACAUCACUCAGCAUUAG